UUUUUUUUUAUAAUUAUUUGUUCUUGCACUUAACAUUUAGAAAAUUAUAAACAUGUCAGAAGACGCUCCCUAUAAACUUCAAAAUGCUACUUCUAAUGAGCAAUUUAAAAAUAGAGCUGAUUCAAUAUUUGGUUGCUUGGACUCCCUUGAAAAAAAGCAUUGUGAGCAAGUGAAAGAGCUUCAACAAGAGAAGAGAGAAGAUGGGAGAGAAAGGGUUAAUCAACAAAAAUAUCAACGCAGUAAGCGAAGACUACCCAGGCAAGUUCCAGACCAUGUUUUAAAUCCCAAAAACUGGAGAAAAUAUAGUCUGAUGGACGAUGGCUCACGAUCUCUAUCAAAAGGUCUUUCAGCUGACCAAAUAAAUAAAAAGAUAGCACUGGAAUUUAUCGACGAUUUAAAACAACGAAAAAAACUAGACUGUGUCUCAGAAGUCAAACAGGAUAAUAACGAUAGAGUAACGUUUAAUCGACCGGUAAAAACAGAACACGUGGAUAUUUUAUCAAAGACUGCUUUGUUCGGCUCUGUCCAUGGUGGCAAAGCACGCGUAAUGAACACUUUUGAAUUUGGUCGUAAACCGGCGAAAGUUAAAGCACAGGUGCACCUGUCGUCUAUUGUUACAGAAUCAUCAUGUAACUCUAUAACUUUGGACUUUCAGACGGAAGAAAAAGAUGAAGUUUUAGAUGAGGUGGAAAGCACAAUUAAUGACGUUUCAACGAAAAUAUUUGUUCCCCGCAAGAAAGAAAAAAAACGAUUUAUUCGGAAAAGAAAUAUUGUGGAUAAGGAUGAAUAGUGAAAUUAUUUUUAUUUUGAUAUGUAUUUCUUGAAUUCAUUUUUUUUCGUGACCGUGGCUUUUCUACGUUUUAUAGAAAUAAAACGGAUUAAUCGGA